UUGUGAAAUGGAGAAAGAGGACGAGCUUUUGUUUAAUUUCUUUACACACAUUUCUCAGUUAUCUUUCGAGAAAGCGAAAGAAUUAGUGGUCUCAUUUCAAGCAGAAUUUCACUGUGCAUUAUAAUAGGAAAGAGAUAAACCCCCAAAAUGUCCCGUUACUCCGAGAACCAUGUUCUCCAACUUCUUGCAACAACUGGCGUUAGCAGAGAAGAGCUACAUGGAUAUCGGGUUUUUGCAAAACAAGCAAAAGAGCUUCCUGAGAAAAGAUAACUCCCUGAGGGCUGUCUAUGAGUACAUGAAGAAUGACCUGAAGAAAAUUGAGGAAAGUUGCAAACAUGUUCGAGGAGUCCAACGAGAUUCUAAAGAGGAUCAACGAAUUCCAAAUUACUGCCAGAAUAUCGCCCAGUUUAUCAAUGCCAGGAUCAACUUGAUCGAUUUAUAUGAAAAAAUAUACAACCAGGCCAUGACCAAUAAGCAUAUGGCUUAUGUGGAUAUUUUAAAUGCGCUUGAAACCACGAUACAAACCCACCAUCUGGGUUUUACUGAUAUCACUCUGACUCCAAUAAAAGCGGUUUUCAGUUUGGAGUGCGACAUUGUGCAACAGCUAUUUAAGGCCAUGUUUGAACUGCAGAAACUUCAGUUUCUGCCCUCUUUGGCCUUAAUUCAUGGGGUUCAUACCAGGCUGUUGGCCUGGGAGAGCAAAAUGCAACGAGAGACAUGGAAAUUGGGCAUAUUUAAAAACAGCCCCCUGCCAACAUUGUACCAAUGGCUUCAGAAGCUAAAAGGGGCGGUGCUAAGCAAGUUUAGCCUGUAUUUUCACGAUAUCUUGGCUAAUCAAACCACUCCCACUGAUAUGCGGCAUAUUUGCUCCAAACUACAUCAUGAUUACUAUCAAAAGAUGGUAAUAUUCCAGAGAAAGCACGAAGCGGCUUGUGUGAUAUUACUUUCUGAUAAUCAAGUUAAUUGUGAAACUGCUGAUUACGAUAGUUUUCCUAUAAUAGUUUCCUAUCCUCCAAGAAGUCCUCCCCAACUAGAUAUAAUGUUAAAAAUGAUAUCAGAAACUAAUGAGUUUCUCAGUCUCAAGCCGGUAACUAAGUUUCGCUAUCAGGAUCAAUGUACGUACUGUUUAACCAUGGUGGAACCGAACAUAUACUUUGUGAUUUUGUUCGAAUCGAAGAAAACUGAAAAAGACGCCUGGAUUGGCAAUUUCGUUAACGACUUCUGCAAUAACCUUCGAUGUACAAAAAUAUUCGUCAGUCUGAAAAAUCCUGUAAAGUAACUGGCCGUAAAUAUUAUAUCUAUGUAAACCAAACGUGAAAGCUUUUCUACAACCCAUAAAGAAGGAAAAUGGUUAAAAGGGGAUUUUUAGUGACACCUUUUUAGUAUCAAACCAAUUUUCAGCUGUUUCGUUUCAGAGAGAAAUCCUUUAAGUGCGCUUCAGAAAAAUAAUUUAUUCCUGGAAUUCAUAGCCAGAAAUUCUCUAAUGUGUUUUUGGGAUUUAAAUAUAAUUUUUUUGAAAACA